AUGCGGCCUAAAGACAGUAUGCACCCGCACUUGGACGCGAGCGGGGCGGGCUGGGUCCUCCUGGUGUCGAUGGGGGCCACGGCCAAAUUUCGUUUGUGCAACGGGAUCCUCAAGGAGUCGAGUUCGUUCGGGGGUUGUAUCGUACCCGUGUCGGUCGGCGAGAGCGACCACGCGGGCUGGCCCUGCUGCCGCUUGCCGUGGUCCCACAACAUGGGAGACUCAGGCGGCGAUUAUCCCUAUGACAAGAACGUCUACAACUAUCGCGGCGCAUGGACGCACGAGCAGCAGUGCCAGGGGCGGUGGCGCCCGGGAGAAGAGGAGGCACACGAGUGUCCGCACUGCCAGAUCGUCGAGAUGAAGACCGGCGAAGCCGUUCUGUUCCGGGGCGCGCCGGAAGACGGCAAUCUCCACGGCGUCGCGGGCGUCAAGGACGAGCCGCCGCCGGAAGACCUCCGCGCGCGCUGCGAGGCCGUCGCGCGGCGCUUCCCCAAACCCGGCGCCGUCGUGGCCGAGACGCGCGCGCCGACCGUCCUCGGCCGCGGCGGGGGCAAGAAGACGGUCCUGCAGCAACGGACCGAGAAGCUCUCCCUGUAUCCGGAGUGGCUCCGGGACCCGAAGUCGACGCGGCCCUUCCGCUACUCGCUCCAGAUUCGCGAGCAGCGCCAACGGCGCGGGUGCGUCGCUCAGAAACUGGCGCCCGAGGCCAAGCGCGAGGCGCCCGGGCCGUCGCUAAGGGACCGGCUCCGCGGCCUCGUCGCGGGACCGUUCGAGGGUUUGGGGCGCGCGUUGGUGGACUAA